CCAACGAAGCUUUGGUUCAUAGAUGCACCGCUUAUUCUUUGUUCAAUGUCGGAAUUACUGUUACACUCACGCAAUUGCAUCAAAUUCUCAGAUUUCUCGUUUUGCUGGUUUGGGCCAAAUACAGAAUGCCCGAAGGGUGUUCGACGAAAUGCCCAACAAAAAUGUGACUUCUUGGAACUCUAUAAUCACUGGGUAUUUCCAAAAUCACCAACCAAAUGAAGGCCAGUGUCUGUUUGAUCAAAUGCCUGAGAGAAACAUAGUUUCAUGGAAUGGGUUAAUCUCAGGUUAUGUAAAGAAUAGGAUGGUGAAGGAAGCAAGGAAAGUGUUUGACAAAAUGCCCCAACGAAAUGUCAUUUCUUGGACUGCUAUGGUCAGAGGGUAUGUUGAGGAGGGGUUUGUUGAGGAGGCGGAAUCCCUGUUUUGGCAAAUGCCUGAAAAGAAUGUUGUGUCAUGGACUGUGAUGAUAGGUGGGUUGAUUCAAGAAGGGAGAGUUGAUGAGGCUAGAAAGCUUUAUGACAUGAUGCCAGUAAAGGAUGUAGUUGUGAGGACUAAUAUGAUAUGUGGAUAUUGUCAGGAAGGUAGGCUGGAUGAGGCACGCGACCUCUUUGAUCACAUGCCGAAAAAGAAUGUGGUGUCUUGGACAGCCAUGGUAUCAGGAUAUGCCCAAAAUGGUAAACUGGAUAUUGCUAGAAAACUUUUUGAAGUCAUGCCUGAGAAGAAUGAGAUCUCAUGGACUGCAAUUAUAAUAAGCUGUGUGCAGUAUGGUAGAUUUGAAGAGGCGUGGAAGCUUUUCGAAGUGAUGCCUGUUAGAACUAAUCCUGCUUGUAAUGCCAUAAUUCUUGGAAUAGGACAGAAUGGGGAGGUUGCUAAGGCGAGGAUGGUAUUUGAUCUUUUGAAGGAGAAGGAUGAUGCAACAUGGAGUGCAAUGAUCAAGGUUUAUGAAAGGAAAGGAUAUGAGUUAGAGGCGCUGGAUUUGUUUCAUCGAAUGCAAGUAGACGGGUUUCGGCCAAAUUUCCCUUCGUUGAUAAGCAUACUUUCAAUUUGUGCUAGUCUUUCAAGUCUUAAUUAUGGUAGAGAGAUACAUGCACAGUUAAUCAGAACCGACUGUGAUGAUGACGUGUAUGUCUCUUCUGUAUUAAUUACGAUGUACAUCAAAUGUGGUGAUUUCGUCAAGGCCAAAUUAAUAUUUGACAGAUUUUCUCCAAAAGAUGUGGUCAUGUGGAAUUCUAUCAUAACAGGUUAUGCUCAACAUGGAUUAGGAGAUGAAGCUCUAGAAGUGUUCAGAGAAAUGUGUUCUUUAGGUAUUACCCCAGACGAGGUUACCUUUGUUGGAGUUUUAUCUGCAUGUAGCUACACUGGGAAAGUGAAAGAAGGGCAAGAUAUCUUUGAGUCCAUGAAUUCAAAAUAUCAGAUGGUGCCAGGAACUGCACAUUAUGCUUGCAUGGUUGACAUGCUUGGUCGAGCUGGUCGAUUAAAUGAGGCGAUGGAUAUGAUCAACAAAAUGACUAUAGAAGCAGACGCAAUUAUUUGGGGUUCUUUAAUGGGUGCAUGUAGGAUGCAUAUGAACCUAGAUUUGGCAGAAGUUGCUGCAAAGAAACUUUUACAGCUUGAACCCCAAAAUUCAGGGCCCUAUGUCCUACUUUCUAAUAUUUAUGCAUCCAAAGGUAAGUGGGCUGAUGUUGCUUCACUUAGGAAGUCGAUGCAGUCUAGGGAAGUGGUCAAAUCACCUGGUUGUAGUUGGCUUGAGGCAGACAAAGAAGUGCAUAUGUUCACUGGUGGACAGAGCAUGCCCCAUCCCGAGCAUGAAUCAAUUCUCAAAAUAUUAGAAAAGUUGAGUCCUAUGUUAAGAGAAGCUGGUUAUAUUCCUGAUGGAAGCUUUGCUUUGCAUGAUGUGGAGGAAGAAGAGAAGUUGCAUAGCUUGAAUUAUCACAGUGAGAAACUAGCUGUGGCCUAUGGACUUCUUAAAUUGCCUGAAGGUAUGCCUAUACGAGUAAUGAAAAAUCUUCGAGUUUGUGGUGAUUGCCAUUCUGCUAUUAAGUUAAUCGCUAAAGUCACAGGACGAGAGAUAAUUCUGAGAGAUGCCAACAGAUUUCACCAUUUUAAGGAUGGAGUAUGUUCUUGCAAGGAUUUUUGGUGAUUGCUCUGUUGCUUUGUGCAUAAUUCAUUAAAAAGCGGCUU